AUGCACCCUGAAUCCUAUAGCUUAGCUGAGGUCCUGGCAGUAGCCGACAUUCACCCUUUCUAUAAUUCAGAAGUCCAGUAUCCUCCUCAGCCUGAUGCAAUUCAGCAUGCCCGAGAAUCCGCCACAAAGACUGCGACAGAAGUCAAUCUUCAUACUCGACCUAUGGUCACAAAAAAGGAUCUUUACAAGGUCAUUAAGCGUCUGACCCAUGAUACAAGCCCAGGCAAUGUUUACCGACUCAAUUCCUACAUAAGCAUCACCGGCGGCGGUUCCGGUGGGUUACCGUUGAUGUUCGCCACUGAUGUAAAAGAAAACCGCAGACACAGAUCAGUUUUCGGCGAUUUCAUGGCGGCCUGUCGACUUGUUGACCCGGGCGAUUGGGUUCUUACUACCCAUGCGUCAGGUUAUUUGUACCGAUCUCUCGACCUCACCACUGAGCUUUUUGAGAAUGCCGGGGCAACUGUUCUAAGCUGUGGCAAUUAUAUGACCCCAGCCGAGGUUUUCCAGUAUCUGGCCCACUAUCAUGUCAACGUUUUGACUGGAGAUGGUAGCCAGAUCAUCCAAUUGAUCCACCAUAUAUCAAUGUUACCGGUAGAGCAAGGGCAACGACUCAAACUAACCAAGAUAAUUUACACAUCAGAGCCUCUGACUCAGGCUCAGAGAGAGCACAUAAUCAAGACUCUCGGGCCGAUUAAAAUAUUCUCUAUCCUCGGAAGCGCAGAGUCCGGCCCCUAUGCCAUUGGAAGUCCGGACCUUACUGGACAACAGGAAUGUACUUCAACAGUGAACUUUGUCUUUGACACUCGGACGAUGCUUAUUGAAAUCUUUCCUUCAUCAAUCAUGGAGGAACCUUCACCAUUAAGCGCAAGACCUGUGCCAAAUGGAGAGCCCGGCAUCAUUGUCCAGACCUCUUUACAACGACUACGCAAUCCUGUGGUUCGCUAUAACACGGGUGAUAUUGGCUCCGUGCAUGCCCUGCCCGAGCGUGCCCGUGAUAUUAUCGCUCAGGAAGAUUGGGAGCAUCUUCGCGUCCUCCGCCUGCACGGCCGUGAUCGCCGGUUCAGCUUCAAAUGGUUUGCUGUUUACUUCGAGUUCGAAAAUGUUGCGACCUUGAUGCAAGCCGAGGGAACUGGCAUUUUGCAAUGGCAAGUCAUACUCGAUACCCUAAAGUCAUCCCCACAGACGACGUUAGAAGUCCGCAUACUUCGCGCAAUUGACAGGGAGGGCUUACAGUCCAAAGAGGCUCUUGUUAAGAAAAUCAGGUUGUUCUUCAACCUUCUGCCGGAGAAUGAACAUCUUUUCCAGAUCACCUUUGUGGACGACAUUGGGGGAUUCGAGAAGAGCGGGACUGGGACCAAGGUGAUGAAAUUUGUAGAUAGGACGCAUUAG